AUGUUGACAGCCGUCCACACAGAGGGAGAAAUUAGUGAAGAAAUAAUAAAUCAAGUAUUUCCUGGAGUGUGGGCCUCCAAUGUACCAGGGAGAGCGAAAAAUGCACUCCCAAUAUUAAUCAAACUCAAGGAAGGAAGACAACCAGUUAGAAUUAAACAGUAUCCCCUGAAGAGGGAAGAUAGGGAAGGAAUUAGUCCCAUAAUUGAAGACCUUUUGCAGUUAGGCUUGUUAAAAGAGUACCCAUCUGAGUUCAAUACUCCCAUUUUGCCAGUCCGGAAACCUGAUGGGUCAUACCAGAUAGUACAAGAUCUAAGGGCUGUUAACAAAAUAACUGAGGUUCUCUAUCCUGUAGUUGCAAACUCAUUCACUCUGCUAACAUACCUGACACCCGAGCUAACUUGGUUUACUGUUUUAGACUUGAAAGAUGCCUUCUUUUGCCUCCCUAUCCAUGAGGACAGCCAGAAAAUUUUUGCAUUUGAAUGGGAAAACCCCAAAAGUGGGCGCAAAUCCCAGCUCACCUGGACUGUGUUGCCUCAAAGAUUUAAAAACUCUCCUACUCUGUUUGGAGAGCAACUUGCCAAGGAUCUGGAAUCCUAGGAAGCUCCCCCAGAAGAAGGAAAGAUAUUGCAGUACGUAGAUGACAUCCUCAUAGCCACCCGGACAAAAGAGGCAUGCAUAGCCUAAACUGUAAGCCUGCUAAACUUUCUGGGACUUCAGGGAUACAGAAUAUCAAAGAAAAAGGCCCAAGUAGUGAAGCCAAAAGUAAUUUAUCUGGGUUAUGAGAUCAGUGCUGGACAGCGGACUCUAGGGCAAGAUCGCAAAGAAACGAUAUGCCAAACCCCAAAACCUCAAACAGUGAAGGAGCUGCGAACAUUCUUAGGAAUGACAGGAUGGUGCAGACUAUGGAUACACAGCUACGGGUUGCUUGUGAAACCUCUGUAUGCACUCAUUACAAGCGGGAACAGAAACCUCCAGUGGACAAAAGAGGCCACUCAAGCCUUCCACCAGCUGAAGAAUGCCCUCAUGUCGGCCCCAGCGCUUGGACUCCCGGAUGUAAGUAAACUGUUCUUUCUGUUUUCCCAUGAGAAGUAAGGAAUUGCCCUGGGAAUACUGGCCCAGGACUUAGGUCCGUACCGAAGAGCAGUUACUUACUUCUCCAAACAACAAGAUGCAACAGCCAAGGGAUGGCCAGGAUGCCUUAGAGCUGUUGUUGCAGUGGUGCUAAAUAUUCAAGAAGCACGUAAAUUCACCCUGGGCCAGAAAAUGACUGUAUUGGUGUCUCACACAGUGUCUGCAGUCCUGGAAGUAAAGGGCGGGCACUGGCUUUCCCCACAAAGGUUCCUGAAAUACCAAGCCAUCAUGGUAGAACAAGAUGAUGUAGAGAUAGUUGUAACUAACAUUAUCAACCCAGCUUCUUUUCUCAGGAAAUCAAGGGGAGCCGGUGCACCAUGACUGCCUGGAGACCAUCGAAGCCUCCUACUCCAGCCACCCAGACCUGAAAGACACCCCGCUGGAUGAUGCAGAAACCUGGUUCACUGAUGAGAGCAGCUACAUCAUCAGUAGAAAGCAACACGCCGGGUAUGCAGUUACCACCUGCAAAGAGGUAAUUGAAUCUGGACCCUUGCCAACAGAUACCUCUGCACAAAAGGCAGAGAUCAUCGCUCUAACCCGUGCCCUAGAGAUUGCAAAGGGAAGGAAAAUAAACAUCUAUACAGACUUGAGAUAUGCAUUUGGGGUUGUACAUGCACAUGGGGCCAUCUGGAAAGAAAGAGGACUGUUAAACUCACAAGGGAAAAACAUCAAACAUGCACAAGAGAUAUUGCAGCUACUGGAAGCAGUCUAGCUACCUGAGCAGGU